AUGUGCCAUAAUACUAUAUCUUUUGAAGAUGCAAAUCCAAAUAACCUCCAUCUGAAUCUUAGCGAUGCAGACCUGUACUUGAACACCUUCGCGUCAACCUCGUCUUUUCCCGUCGAUGCUACACCGGACCUGCGCUCCGAGUUGCCAUCUGAUCUCGAAUCCCACAUCUUCGACUGUUCCAAUGGGCCAAUACAACAUUGCCCCACGAUGGACUAUCCAUUUGACCCUUUCGCCGUUGAGCCGCAUCCCACCCCACAUUUGGCAACCCCAGACUCAGUGCUCACGCCAUUUCCAACACCACCUCCCCUGGAAGGAGUCCCUUCUUGCCGUGUGCAAAACCGCCCUUUGUGUAUCCUAGCCGCAACACAAGCACUUCGCUCGCUUCACGUCCAGCAAACCAAUUGCCAUACCCGCCAGAGUAAUACCAACUAUGACGGCCAUGAUCCCAAUGGACCCGAGCAGCCACGCAUGUCUGGGUCAGUCUUAAAAUGCAACAAAGACGCCGGCAUGUCAGUUUGCCGUAUGCUACAGUGCCCGUGUGCACUCCGGCCACAAAAUCAGCUGUUGCUGGCUAUCAUCUGCUCUAAGUUAAUAGCAUGGUACCGUGCGAUGAUCUACACGUGUUUUGUGGACCCUCGUGCGCGACAGGAAGCACGACACAAUGACACUGCAUUGGAGAAAGUAGUCCAUCAACCAGUUACGAUUGGAGAUCAUUCUGUCGACGAUCAAGGUUUGGGAUUGGCCAUCCAGGCCCAGGUCACACUAGGAGAGCUGCACCAUAUGCAGCGCCUAGUUGAGACUCUUUCGGCUCGGAUUCAGGAAACAGCAAGCUCGUUUGCAAGUGCGCCGUUCCUUGGAAUUGAGAUACAGUCUCCACCGGUCAAGCUCCCAGAGCUUGCGCAUGAUCAUCUGAUCACCGACUUACUGACGGAGGUCCUUGCGGCUAAGGCUGAUCUUAUGACUGCUUCGCAAAAUCUAUAG